AUGACCACACCGUUAUCGUUGUUAGCGAGCCACGAUGAAGUGGUUCGAUGUACAAAUGUACUCAUAAAUGGAGCCUGUGAAGAAGAAUUUUUAAAAUUUGCUAUAAAUCAAGAAGAAAUGAGACAAAAAUGGUUAGCCUCUAUACAGGAAUGUCAACGGCUUCACUCAGCUUUAGAAAAAGCUCAUCAAGAGGCAACUGAUUUAGACAGAAAGUUAAGUCAUGCUAGAAGACUUCUAGAUGAAGAGAAACGAAAAAGACGUGCUGUUGAAGAACAAAGAAAUUCAUUGGAAAAACAAAUUGCUAUGGCUAGAGAUCUUUUAUUUAAUGAUGGUGGAAGGAAUUUAAAUGAUGAAACCCGUGAAAAAUUACAAUUUUUAAAUAAUACGACAUUAAAUGGUCGUCAUAGUAAUAUACAUAUUAAAGAUGUACAUCAAAAUGAUAAAUUAAAUACUAUAGCGGAGCUGGACUCCACUGGUUCUAUUUUAAGCGAUUUAAGUUGCUUUUCAAAGUCAGAAGAUGAUUUAGAUAUUAGUGCAAUCAUUCAACAAACUCAGAAAAAACGUGAAUGGAAAGAGCACAGACCUAGUGGUGAAUAUGCCACAAAAAAGAGACGUAGUACAGUACAAAAGGUUGCAGAAUUAAAUUCAUCUGAUAGAAUAGUAGCCACUACUACAGUAGUAAUGCCAAAAGAUGGCAAUAUCACUGCAUCUUCUGUAAUUGAAGCUAUACCUGGAGAUGAGAAUGUAGACCCACAGGGUCCUUUACAUAGUUCACGCAAAAGACGUAAAAGUGGUGAUCGUAGUAAAUCAAAAUUAACUCCUAUUGAUACAAAUGAAAUACAAGCUGAUACUGCUCCUUCUGCACCAAAAAUAGAAGCUCUUACAUCAGGAUCAGAUUCUGAAGGUGUUUUUAAACCCAGUCCAAAUAUAGGUGGAUACACCUUGAACACAAAAUCUGCUAGAGGACAUAGUUUUAUAGCAAAGACAAUAAUUAAACCAGAAGUCUGUACACCCUGUGAUAAGAGGAUUCGUUUUGGAAAAGUAGCUCUGAAAUGUAAAGACUGUAGAGCUACAGCUCAUACAGAAUGUAAAGACUUAGUACCAUUACCAUGCGUACCUACUGGAAAUACUCCUACACUGCGUGGUACAUCAGGAACAAUAGCAGAUUAUACACCUAUGAUCCCACCAAUGGUACCAUCAUUAGUUGUUCAUUGUAUCAAUGAAGUAGAAUUAAGAGGAAUGAGUGAACAAGGAUUGUAUAGAGUAAAUGGUGGUUUAGCUGAAGUGAAGUGUCUUAAAGAAAAAUUCCUUAAAGGAAAAGGUGCUCCAAAUCUUUCUGAUGUUGAUAUACCUACCAUAUGUUCUACUCUUAAAGAUUUCCUUAGAUCAUUACGGGAACCGUUAAUUACUGUUGGAUUAUGGGCGGAUUUCGUUCGUGCUACUACUAUUACUGAUAAACAGGAUGCUGAUGCCGCAUUAUAUCAAGCAAUUUCAGAAUUACCUCAACCUAAUAGAGAUACACUUGCUUUUCUAAUUUUACAUUUACAAAGAGUAUCAAGUAGUCCUGAAUGUAAAAUGCCAAUAAGUAAUUUGGCUAAAGUUUUUGGACCUACUUUGGUGGGUUAUAGUUGCCAGAAACCAACAGCUACCUCUCUCCUUUCCGAAACAAACAAUCAAGUCGCCAUAGUAGAAAAUUUAUUAAAAAUUCCCUCAGAUUAUUGGGCAAAUUUCGUCAACCCUGAAAAUCUAAAUAACAUUGGUACUCAUAAAACUGGAGAACUACAACAUACACCAUCUCAAGAAUCUUUACUUAAGCGCAGUGUUUCCCGUGGCUUCUUUCAUACUCCACUUACUUCUAGUCGCACGUUUAUGAGAAAAAAUAAAAAAUAUUUCGGAGCAUCUCCUUCUAGAGUAGGUUUCUAA